AUGUCGGAGAAUUCAGCUUCCGGCUUUGGAGGCCAGGGAAAUCGAGAAUGGCUAUUUGAUUGGUGUCAAUAUGUUCCGCAGUCGCCCUCGGAGAAAGCCAAUUUUGAUGUCGCGAUGAUUGAAUGUUGGAAAUAUGAAGACGAUGAACCAACCAAAAAAUACGAACUCUGCGGCUUCCACACAGAAACCAAGGACUCGUGGCUGAAAGAGCCCACCCCAACGCGAAAUGGACGACAGCCAUCGGCCGGCUUCAAGGUGGCAGUGGUGCCUUGUGCCGAUUACGGCCCACUUCCACAUUUGACAAACGGCGAGAUGCAAGAGUUUCACGCUGCUUUUGGGCUGCCAUAUUUUCAUCAGCAUUACAGCUCUAUAGACUGCGGUGCAUGCGGCAUGUUUUUGCAGCCCGACAACAGUUAUGUGUUUAUCAUGCGAAAAACCACUGACUGGGCUUCGAUUGGUUCGGCGCUUCGAUACGAUCCCAAAACAAACAUCAUUCGCGGGGUUUUCUAUAUACGUCUCGAGAAUAUUAGUCUCGCAGGGUUUGUGAAGAUGCCUGAGCAAUUCAUCAACUGCAGCCACCCUCUCUUGCUGCCGUUGCUUGCCGUAGAGAUGACAGUUGAAGAAAAAGUCAGUCAGCAAACGGCCAAUUUAGGAAAUCUGGACAGGAUAGAAGCAAUAACGGGAUAUGGUCUCAGCACAUCGACGGAUACGACAGACUCGCAGAACGACUACCGCGUCCUAGUGAAAGAACUAGGUCAAUGUCAAACCCCGGCCUGCCACAUGUUGGAUGAGCGAAUCGAGUUCCUUCUGAGCAAUAUAGAACACAUAAAUAUAAGGAGUGCCCUGAAAGAGCGAAUGGAAGCGCAGCAAACUGUCCUUUUCAACCUCAUAGCUCAGGCAGAUAGUCUUAUCAACGUCGGCCUCGCGCAAGAUUCCAGAGAAAUGGCCGUGUCGAGCAAGCAAGACAGUUCAGCUAUGAAGAUCAUUGCCCUGCUCACAACUUUUUUCUUACCCGGCACCUUCAUUGCAUCAUUCUUCGCAAUGCCGCUGUUUAACUGGUCCGAGCCUUCUCUCCACCAAGUCGCAAACAGCCACUUUUGGGUAUACUGGGCGGUAACGGGUCCUCUGACAUUGGCCACUAUGGCAGGCGUCAUUGCCUGGGCUGUCUGGAAUAGCCGUCGCAUCCAGCUCUUGCAGUCUCGUGCAAGAGAGAGCGUGUUUGACGAAGCCAAAACACGCAGAGCGAGGGACAUGGACGAGAAACAAUCGCCGGAAGCGAUGAAACAGAGUUCGAUGCCGGAACGAGAUCCUCACAAAAAGUACUCCGUGUUUGAUAUCCUUAACCACCGCCGGCGCCACCAACACGAUGUGGCCACAGCCGAGCCGUGA